AUGGUCCCCAUGAAAUAUCGGGCUCUGGUCCUGCAGCUCUUCAAGAAUGAGGCCGUUGCAGUCCGCCGUGCUGGUGAACCCAAUCGGCUCGCGGCGAGCCCUCAGCGCGAGCCCGGGUGGGUUUUGCGGAUGGGUGACCUUGCCGGAUUGGUAGCUGAGGGAACUAACACCAAAAGGGUGGUGGAUGUGGAGGUGACCGAAGUGAACAAGCUAGGCUUCUUCGCCGAGGCUGCGCAGGGCGCUGCGCAGGGCUGCCUGGGCCCGGCGCGGAUCUUUGUCUCCAAGUCGAUGGUCCCGGAGGGCUGGUCCUACUCCGAGGCGGACGCACGGGGUGGACGACGAUGCCAGUUCCAGCUUCGUCGGGAUGCGCAGAAGUUCCUGCCAAGCGAUAUGAAGCGAGAUGAAGUCUCUGCAGAUGGCACCAAGGUGAUCCGCCGCGACCAGAAUCGCUUGAACGCCAUUGGAACCACCAUGGGUGAGAAGGGCCUUCUGGUUGGAGGGCGGUGUGAUGAGCUUGGGGAGCCCGACGACGGAAAGCCUUCAACUCCCGAAGCUGGGCCUUUGCAAGCUCAUGAGCUUUCAAUGUGUCGCGCGUGCGCAGAGCGGCAGGAGGUUUUGUCGAGUGGUUCACGACUUGAGGCUUUGGCGGCUUUGGCCUUUGCUCUGGCUUUAUGCGAAGGCGCAGAGGAAUGGACGGAAGCAUCGCUUGAUGCGGUCUCAGGUGCCUGGUCCUAUUGCUCGGCCUCCUGCGGUGAGGGCCUUCAAACGCGGAAGCGCUGGGUCGCCAUUGCCGCGCAGGGCGGUGUGCAAAACUGCGACGGCAGCAGCGAGCAGCGCCAGAGCUGCGAAACGCCCUGUGCGCCCGGCGUGCAGUGUCAUUGGGAUGUUUGGCAGGACUGGUCCGAAUGCACAGCCUCCUGUGGAGGUGGCUGGCACCAACGGGUGCGGGCCCUCUCGGCCAGCUCCAACCGCACAGAGUGCAACAUGGCCGCUGGACACCAGGAGGAGCCCUGCAGGGAGACGCCCUGUGUCAGCUGUUGGUCCGAAUGGUCUACCUGCAGUCAGAGCUGCAGCGGCCUGCGGACCCGCCGCAAUAAGGCCAGUUGCCCCUCAGCCAGCCAAGAAGAGCUUUGCAACGUUGAGGCCUGUGACUGCGUGCUCAGCGACUGGAGCGAGUGGGGCCUUUGCAGCGGACCGUGCCACGAGGGCCAGGCGGUGUCCAAGCGCACGCGGACUCCCCAAGGUCAGUCAAAUUGCGGCUCGGAACAGCUCCAAGAGGAGAAGAGCUGCGAUUGCGUGGCGUCAGUGGUCAGUGCCAGUGUGACUGUGACCACCACAUCAGAGGGUCCCAUCGACUGCGUCUGGGCCAAGUGGGAGAGCUGGGAGGCGUGUACGGCCAGCUGUGGGUCUGGCACCCACACGCGCAGCCGCUCGCUCGCCACCCACGCCAACAACCUGGGCCGAGACUGUGCCGGGGAGGAUCGACAAGUGCAAUCCUGCAAGGUGGAAAGACCAUCUCAACUUCAGAUCUGUUCAACUUCCACCGGUGGUAGCGGCGCAGGGCGAGGAGUGCCCCAGUUGCAGCACCUCGGAUUGGAGCGACUGGUCGCCGUGCACGGGGCCCUGCUCCUACUUCAGCUCACGCUCCAUCCGCGUGCGCGAGCCACUCCAGCAAGGCAUUUGUGA